AAAAAAAAUGUGAAAACAACAAUAAAAAAUUGCUAAAUCAAAAAAUCCAAAAUUUUCAUUUACACAAACAAUGAAAAAAAGAUCUUUUUGUGAUAAAGUGCGUGAUGACAACAGAGAGUGACAAUUGCUAUUAUACAAGGAAACGGAUCGGUUGCUGUUUCGUUUAUUUUUUUUUAAUUUAAUUACUGCAUAUUAAUUAUUAAUUUCAUUUCGUGCAAAGAAAACUAUAGCAAAAAUACCGCUGUCAUUGUAUGGAAAUUCCUUCGGCCAAAUUGUCAUGUAACAAUUGAAAAUCGGUGCUUAAUCGGAAUUAUUAUUUAAAUUAAAUUUAAGAUUAUGGAUAAGGACAAAGUUAUAAGUAAGAAACAAAGUUCCGUAAAUAAAAAACAUAAAGUAAAUGGCGCAAAUGAUACAUGUGAUAAAACUACAAGUCUAUUGAAUUCUAAAGGCGAUGGUAUUGAAUAUGAUUUAGUACCUCCUGAUGGCGGCUGGGGUUGGCUUGUAUUGGCUGGUUCGAUGAUGGUCAAUAUUUUAAUACCUGGUACUAUAAAAAGUUUUGGUGUCCUUUUUGUAGAGUUUUUGGAAGCAUUUAAAGCAUCGCCAGCAGCAGCUGCAUGGAUUCCAGCAUUAUGUUAUUUUUUGUAUAGUUCUUUGGGCCCCGUUUCUAGUAUUCUUUCGGUAAAAUAUUCGUUCAGAACAGUAACGAUAUUAGGAGGUGCUUCUGCCGCGCUUGGCAUGAUAAUAUCAUUCUGGGCAUCAUCUGUGGCUUACUUAUAUUUAAGCUAUGGAGUUUUGGUUGGCAUUGGGGCAGGCCUGUCAUUUCCACCAACAGUGUAUAUUGUAACAUCUUACUUUGUUAAACUUCGUGGUCUUGCUAACGGACUUUGCAUAUCCGGUAGUGCAUUGGGCUCUAUUAUUUUACCACCAGUUUUAAGAUGGCUUUUGGAAACGUACGGAUACAGAGGCUCUGUUCUCAUCAUGGGUGGCAUUACUCUGAACGUUUUUGUGGCAGCCAUAUUCUAUGAACCAGUCGAACAACAUAUGGUGCGUGUUCCCAGAGUCAAGAAAACGUUGGAUGACAUUGAAGAGGAGGAUAUAGGAAUAGUACUUAAAUUUGAGACGGUCGAUGAGACGAAUGGAGAGGCAGACAUAAUGCACAACGAUAGCACAGUCAAUAAACAAAUUAUACCACAAAAUUCACCGCCAAUGCAAUAUCCAGAUUUACACAAUUACAAUUUAGAUGGGGACGAUCCACAAUUUGUUAGAAGUGCUUCAGCAACUGUGGUACAAAAUUUUGGUAAAACUCAAGAUGAAUUUAAUAGUUCAUCUUCGUCUCGCAUACGAAAAGUUAGCACACCAGUACGACUGCCACAAAGAAAUCAAACAUUCACUCCAGGCCAAUUGAAUUCACAAUCUUCAUUAUAUGCUGUACCAGAAGCUGGACGUUCCAGUCAUAAACUAGAACGUCUUCAUGCUUUGAGAAAUAACUCGAAAAAUCGCCUUUCUCGUCGAUCUCCGUCGACCAGUAGUUUCCAGUAUAUAAGUACGCCUUAUCACGGCAGUACACUAUCUUUUCAGCCAAAAGAAUUUUCUUCGCAUCUUUCUUUGAGAUCAGUGGCAAGUGGUUCUGGUGUGAAUGCAAAUGUUAGUAAUGGAAUGUUGGAUAGUACUGGAAAUAUUGACCAGGAAUCUGAUGCUGGUAAACGCACAAAGUUCUUUGACCUAAGCCUCUUAAAGGAUCCCACAUACUUGGUAAUACUGAUAUCAAAUUCCACGAAUGCUAUCGGUUAUACCAAUUUUAUAAUUCUUCUGCCGGCUUAUGGAAUUGCACUAGGUUUUGACAAGUCUUUAGCUGCUUAUCUAAUUUCGAUUGUCUCGGCAACUGACCUUAUUGGACGCAUUGGCGGUUCAGCAUUAUCAGAUUUGGGUUUCAUACCAAAGACUUGGUAUUUUAUAGGCGGCUUAGCAAUUUCAGGCAUAAGUUUAGCUGUAUUACCAUUCUCAACAAGUUACAGAAUGGUCAGUUUUUGGUGUGCCGUUUUUGGAUUGGCUUCAGGGGUUUAUGUUGGCAUUACUGCGGUAAUAAUGGCAGAUAUGCUCGGAACAGAACGUCUAACAUCAUCGUAUGGCAUAAGUUUAUUUGUAAAUGGUAUUUUACAACUAGUAGGCCCACCCUUGUGUGGUCUUUGGUUCGAAGCAGUUAAUACAUACAGCCCCCUAUUUCAUACUCUCGGUCUUAUUCUUCUUGCUGGAGCAAGUCUUUGGAGCUUUAUGCCAUUCAUUAAUAGGCGCAAAUCGAAAGAAGAAAAUUAUGAAGAAGAUUUGCAAUAAAUUACUAAGCUAUUUAGCAAUAUUAAUAGUCUUCAAAACUACAAGAACAGGGCAUAAUAUUUAUUAUAUUUUUUAUAUUAUUUUCUCUUAUUCUAUCUCUCUUUUCCUAUAUUAUGAUGGUAUAAUCAUUGUAAGAAAAUCAUAUGUACGUACAUAGUACAUAUUAUGCAGGAUUUACGCAAUUUAUUUCUUUUGAUGUUUCCUUCAAAAGUACACCAACAAAGCUUAAUGAAUUCUAAGUCAUAUACAAAUAGUGUAUAUUUAUUAUAUAUGAGAUUUAAUGACUUUAUGUCCAUCAACGUACUUAUUAAUGUAAAAACAGACAUGAAAAGUUUAAUUAAAUGAAACAACAAUUCGAUUACUUACAGUUUAUAAAAGAUAUGUCGUCUGUUUCUAUAUCUUUAGGCAAUUUUUACUUAGUUUUUUUCUAUCGAUAUAUAUAUAUAAUAUUUCAAUAUGUAAGUAAAUGAUUUUCUAUAGUAUUAUAUCAUCAAAUUGUUUGUUUUUAGUACUAUAUGUAGUGUAUAGUGAUUGUCUCCAUGUAAAUUAAAUUUAGCCUAAGUUCAAAUAGUAAAUAAAAAUUUUGUAUACAUACUAAUAACAAAAA